ACCAUGCCGAGCCGCCAGAAGCAGCUCCUCUUCUCCGUGUCCGGCCUGCUCGGCUUCUCCUGCGCGCUCACGGCCGCCGUGGCCACCGGGCUGCCCUUCUGGCUCCGCGGGGCCGCGCUCUGCCGAACCGGGGCCGAGCUGGUCAACGCCACCGAGCCGGAGCUGGACAAGUUCCUGGGCGAGCUGAGCUACGGGCUGUUCUCCGGCCAGAGGGUGAAGCAGUGCGGCCUGGGGGGACGAGCGUCGCGCUUCUCCUUCUUCCCAGACCUGCUGAGCGCCAUCCCAGCAGGCCUCCACGUCACCGUCAUCUUCUUCUGUGGUGUCGUGAUCCUCUUCUCCUCCGUGGCCACCGGCUUCUUCUUCUUCAACGCCUUCGGUCGACCCUACGAGACGCUGCAGGGCCCCCUGGGGCUUUACCUCUGGACCUUCAUCUGCUGUCUGAGCAGCUGCCUGGUGAUGAUCCUGUUUGCGUCGGAGGUGAAGUUCCAUCGUCUGUCCGAGCGAAUCGCCAACUUCAACGAGGUGAACUUCGUCUUCCAGACGUACAGCGAGCGCUACGACCGGUCCUUCUGGCUCUUCUUCCUCGUCUUCGUCCUGCAUGGACUCAACGCCGUUCUGAUCCGGCUGGCAGGAAUCCAGUUUCCCUUCCAGGAGAGCAAAGAGGUGGAGCUGGGCGGCGGGGCGGCGGACCUCAUGUACUGA